GUACGAAACUAAUCUUAUGGUUUACAUCAUGACGUAUGAGGUUUUCGAAAUCCCCAAGCCACUUACCGAAUAAUUUCUAACAAAAGUUUUCAUUUUUUUUUUUCUUGUCCGUCAAUCGCGUGGCAUAGUUGUGGAUCCCAUUGGCCCAUUUCUAUCCUCACGCGACAAAACGCAAUUAUCUGUCUCUACUGAUGAUUGAUGAACAUCGUCAACGUGGCUUACUGUAUUUCGCAGCAAAAACAAAAAGGAAAAACGGAGUGUAUUGGAGGAAGAAGAAGAUGAUGAUGAUCUGGGUUGUUGAUACGAUUGUGAUUGGUAAUUAAUUUGAUAAUGAAAAGGAGGAGAAGAAGAAGAAUAAGGAUCGAAUUCCCGAGAUGGGUUUUAGCGAAGACAAUCUGACUGGCGUUAUUCUGGCUUUGCUCUCUAGUGGGUUCAUAGGGGCAAGCUUUAUUAUUAAGAAGAAGGGGCUUAGAAGAGCAGCAGCAGCAUCUGGGGUGUUGGUGGAUAUACUUACCUUCUUGAGCCUCUUUGGUGGAUAGGCAUGUUUAUAAGUGAGAUAUCCUCUCUCCUUUUCAAGGGGCUUUGAUUGUUUUACAUCUAAAGGGUUGAUAUCAUGAUAAAUUUUCACAUGUUUUAUUAUCCUGGCUAUGUGAAAGUUUUGCACCAUGCAUAUGAAUGAAUAUAAAUUUGGCUGAUUUGUGCUUCAAACUUGCUGGACGUGAUUCAUUUGGCCCUUCUUUUCCUUGCAUUUGAAACUUCUACUUUAGGAUUUCAUAUUUGAUUAUAUUUAUGCGAUGCUCGGUGUUCUUAUUGUGUGUAAUCCAGUGAUUGUUGGUGAGGCUGCCAACUUUGUUGCAUAUGCAUUUGCCCCUGCAGUUCUUGUAACGCCUCUCGGUGCAUUAAGCAUAAUCGUAAGUGCUGUGUUGGCUCACUUUAUCUUGAAGGAGAGGUUGCACAAGCUUGGGGUUUUGGGCUGUGUGAUGUGUAUAGCAGGUUCAGUCAUUAUUGUUGUUCAUGCACCAAGGGAGCUUUCUAUCACUUCUGUACAGGAAAUAUGGACUAUGGCAACACAGCCAGCCUUUUUGCUAUAUAUGGGAUCUGUCGUUGUAUUGGUUUUUAUACUUGUCAUCCAUUUUGCCCCACGAUGUGGACAUAGCAAUGUGUUGGUGUUUACUGGAAUUUGCUCCCUGAUGGGCUCCCUCUCGGUUAUGAGUGUUAAAGCCCUUGGGACAUCAUUGAAAUUGACCUUUGAGGGGAAGAACCAAUUAAUCUUCCCCGAGACGUGGUUAUUCAUGUUGGUGGUUGUAACGUGCGUCAUUACUCAAAUGAAUUACCUCAACAAGGCACUUGACACAUUCAACACGGCAAUUGUCUCCCCGAUAUACUACGUAAUGUUUACAACACUUACAAUCCUUGCAAGUGUCAUAAUGUUCAAGGAUUGGGAUGGACAAAGUGGAGCAACGAUCAUAUCCGAAAUAUGUGGCUUUGUUGUUGUGCUUUCUGGUACCAUCUUACUGCAAGUUGCAAAAGAUUUUGAACGAAGUUCAUCCUUCAGAGCCAAUCAUACCCCAGGUUCCCCUUCGUUAUCUACUCGACUUUGCCCCGGGAAUGGAGAACUAGCGAAGUAUAAUGAUGAAGAAGUGUCUUCUGAAGAAAUCUGUUUGAGAAUACAAGAAUCAUAUUAGUUGUUUCUCUCAUUUGAUUCAUAUAUCUUCUCAGUAAAAUCGCCGUAGUGGAGAAGCCGUCAUGUAAGAGUGAUCAACACCAAAAGUUAAGCUCAAAGUCAAAUGUUGAACUGCAGGUAAAUGAUCAGAAACUAGUCAGCUGGUGGUCGGAUGGGGCUUGAAGUUUCAUUGUUUAGUUCCGAACAAAGUAGAGAUUUGCAAUGGGAAGCUUGUAUCACUUAACAAGAUGGAUCCUCACUAAAAACACAGUUGGGUUUCAGACACAGGAAGUUUCAGUUUCCAUUUAGAGUAUCUGCAUAGUGAAGUAGAUGGCUUACAUGGAAAUGUUUCCUUAUAUAGCUUAAUAUUUUAUGCUUUGCUGUUUUCUCUAUAGGGUAUAGGAGGAGGUUUCUCCCCUGUUUUUUCAUUUGACACCAAAAUUCAAUUCCUGUACAUAGUAAUUCUUUAUGGCCAUGCUUACUGAUCCAUGAUUAAAUCGGUGUAAUCAUAAUUAGAUUUUGUUGAUGUCUCAAUUGUAAAUAUAGUUGAAUUACUUUUGACCGCUUUUACUUGGACAUGUUGCGAUUGCAAAUGUAAUGUGACUAUGAUUGAGACUAAUUACUUUGCACGUCUUCUUGCCA